GAGCCCCUCUGCCCAUGAGCGCCCCGGGCCUGUCUCGCCUUCCCGGCCGCCUGAGCAGGGCAGGCCCCGGGCCGUGGGGACGCCGGCUGGCCGCACUGCUGUCCCCAGGGGCGGGCGUCGCUCCAGUCCAGGUGGCCGGCAAGAAGGAUCACCCUGCGCUGCUGCCCCUGGAUGAGGGUGAACUUGAAGAGCAGUUUGUGAAAGGCCAUGGUCCAGGGGGCCAGGCAACCAACAAAACCAGCAACUGCGUGGUGCUGAAGCACGUCCCCUCGGGCCUGGUUGUCAAGUGCCAUCAGACAAGAUCCGUUGAUCAGAACAGAAAGCUGGCACGGAAAAUCCUGCAAGAGAAGGUGGACAUUUUCUACAACGGUGAGAACAGUCUUGCUUACAGAGAAAAACGAGAAGCAGAGAAGAAAAAGCAAGAAAGGAAAAAAAGAGCCAAGGAGACCCUGGAAAAAAAGAAACUACUGAAAGAACUCUGGGAGUCCAGUAAAAGCGCCCCCGGAGAGACGCCGGGAGGCUCCGCCUGAAGAGGGCCUGCAGGCGCCGUCCGGGCAGCGCGGGGCGGCCGCCACCCGCGCGGCCGCAGGGCUUCGAAAGCAGUUAUUUCGACAGAUUGAAAAGAUGUCAAGUUUUUCUAAACGACAGACUGAACUGGGUGAGGUGAGAUACACUCAGAGAAUAAAACCGAAAUAAACACAAGGACGUCGCUACCGGAAAAGGCCCGCGGCCGCUGCGGAGGCGGAAAGGCACCGUCAUGGAGGGGCUGCCAGCGCGGCUGCCAGUUCUCCUUCUUGACCUGGGCAGUAGGGGCAAGGAUGUCACCUCGUUUUUUUAAGCUGUACAUUUGU